AUGUCGGGAAAAUUUAAUGGCGUUCAAGCACAUAUUAAAGACACACACCCUUUAGCAAUUUAUGUACACUGUUCAGCACAUGUGUUAAACCUGUUAUUGAAAAGAAGUUGCAAAACUAGAUGGAUAGAACGAUUUCACGCAAUAAACGAUUUUCUAGAACUUUAUGAGUACGUCAUUGAAGCAUUGGAUACAAUUUCGGAAUGGGACGAUAACGAUACUUCGAAUAAAGCAAGACGUCUUAGAAGUUCUAUUUUAGGUAUAGAGUUUGUAAUAUCAUUAUUCGUACUAAACAAAGGUUUUAGUAUAGGUUUACCACUUUCAAAGUUCCUACAAAAAUCAAAUAUCGAUCUUAAAUCGGCUGUACAAUUAGCAAAUGAUACACAAAAAGAAUUACAAGAGGCUAUGGCUAUGUGUAACCAGUCAAUUUAUCCAAACAUAUUUAAACUUCUUCAAAUCUUAGUCACGCUACCUGUUUCCUCUGCAACAAAUGAAAGAACAUUUUCAAAUUUAAAAAGAAUAAAAACGUAUCUAAGAAAUUCCAUGUCAGAGGGAAGAUUGAACGGUUUAGCGAUGUUAUCAAUAAAUAAAAACUAUUCAAUAAAACCGGAAGAAGUUAUUGAAGAACUGGCGAGGAAAAAAAGACGUUUACCUUUUUUAUUAUAA